GUGAGGAAAGAAGAAAAUCCAGAAAAAAAAAGGGGAAACAAAGAAUGGCUCCGAUUGGGGUGGGCGACAGUCUUCCGGACGGGACGGUGGCGUGGUUCGACGAGAAGGACGAGCUGCAGAAGCUGUCCGUACACUCCCUCGCUGCCGGCAAGAAGGUCGUCCUCUUCGGCGUCCCCGGCGCCUUCACCCCUACCUGCAGCAUGCAGCAUGUGCCUGGCUUCAUCCAGAAUGCCGAGGAACUUAAAUCCAAGGGUGUUGAUGAAAUCCUUCUCAUCAGCGUCAACGACCCCUUUGUAAUGAAGGCCUGGGCUAAGACUUACCCCGAGAACAAACACGUGAAGUUCCUCGCUGAUGGAUCGGGGGCGUACACCCGCGCGCUGGGCCUCGAGCUCGAUCUUUCUGAGAAGGGACUCGGGACUCGUUCCCGGAGGUUCGCGCUUCUCGUCGACGACCUCAAGGUGAAGGUCGCAAACAUCGAGGAGGGCGGCCAGUUCACCAUAUCGGGGGCGGAUGAGAUUCUCAAGGCACUGUAAGAAAGCUUUCACUAGUGUUUCUAGUGCUUCUAGUGCUUUUGGCUGUAAGUUAUAAAUCUCUCUGUCCUGAAGACUCCUGGUGAUUCUGAGGUGCUUGCAGUGUUUUGUUUCUCCUUGUGCCUUGUCAAAGGCAGGUGAUCUGGGACUUGCCAAUGUGCUCAUGAGGAUCUCUUAAUAAUCUGCUUAUAAAGCAACUUUGAUAGAGUUUGUAUGGCUAUGAAGUUGCAUCACUAGUGUUUUAACCUUCACUAUGCAUCUAUCUCAUUUUGAUCAUUUUGAUC